AUGAGGUCCUUCGAUUUCAGCGCUUCGGCGCUCAGUGUCCUUGCUCUGGCAUCAUCUGCUUCGGCAUUCUGGCGUAUGCCCUGCCCUGGACGCAUCGCUACCGAGCGUCUUGAUCCUAUUGUCAACCCUGGCGGCGUCUCUGGUCACGUCCACACCAUCUCUGGCUCCAACGGAUUCAAGCCUGAGAUGACAUAUGCUGAUGCUCGUGGUGGUGCAUGCUCUUCGUGCCCCAUCAAGCAAGAUAUGUCCAACUACUGGACCCCCAAGCUCUACUACCAAUCCGAAAACGGCACAUUCAUCGAUGUUCCCCAAGCUGGUGACGGUAUCGGUGUCUACGGCGGUAUGACUGUUUACUACCUCCAAAGAGGUGGUCCCAACAACGACAACCUUACCGCUUUCCCUGAGGGCUUCCGCAUGCUUGCCGGCAACCCUUUCAAGCGCGCAGAGACCGACGACUUUGCUGGCCAGGCUGUCAGCUUUGUCUGCCUCGAUUACAGUGGUACCUCUUCUUACACUAGCGGCCUUCCUAACAAGGUCUGCCCCGAUGGUCUGCGCGCUCAAGUCUUCUUCCCUUCUUGCUGGGAUGGCGUCAACCUCGACUCUGCCGACCACAAGUCUCACAUGGCCUACCCUACUAAGUACUCUUACGACAACGGCCCUUGCCCUGCAUCUCACCCUGUUCACAUGAUCUCCAUCUUCUACGAAAUCAUUUACUCCACUGCCGGCUUCGAUUGGUGGAACGGCACCAACCAGCCUUUCGUUUUCGCCCAAGGUGACCCUACUGGUUACGGGUUCCACGGCGAUUUCAUCAACGGCUGGGAUGUUCCCACUCUUCAGGAGGCAACCAACACCUGUAACAACGACUCCGGUCUCAUCACUGACUGCCCUGUCUUCGACUUCUUCUCCAAUGCCGAGUCUCAGGCUUGUGUCAUUGCUCCUGUCAUCGAUGAAGCUGUCACCGGAGAAUUGCCCAAGCUUCCUGGUUGCAACCCUGUCACCUAUGGCCCUGGCGAUGCUCCUCAUUCAGAGGCUGGCUGCACUGACACUGCUAAGCUUGGUUAUGCUCCCGUGUACUACCAGAACGUCACUGGUUGGGACUACGUUGGCUGCGCUCCCGACUCUGUCAGCAGCCGCACCCUCGCCAACUCGACCUUCAUGUCUAGUGAUAUGACCGUCGAAAAGUGUUUGUCGUACUGCAAGGGCAAGGGUCUCAACUACGCUGGUCUUGAGUAUUCCACUCAAUGCUACUGUGGCUCUGACCUUCCCGUUGGCCUCGAGCCCACGCCUGGUGUUCUCGGAAACUGCUUCUCUCCUUGCGCCGGUAACUCUUCGCAGUACUGCGGUGGUGGCAACCGUCUGAGUAUCUACUACACCUCUGCCAACUUGACCGAGUCGACGAUCUCAUGCCCCUCUGGCAACGGCCAGAACUUCACUACUCCCAACAACGCUACUUUCAACAUCAACUGCGCUGGCGACUCCAACGGCAAGGAUCUCAACAUGGUCUACGUCAACAACGGCAUUCAAGAGUGUGUCAAGACUUGCAGUACCACUACUGGUUGUGUUGCAGUCUCUCUCUCCGGAGCUGCUUGCUACAUGAAGAGCACCGUCGGUACCAUGAGAAGUGCAUCUGGUGUUCAGCACGCUCAGCUCGUCUCUGCAUCUGCCGCUUCUUCCUCUUCUUCGUCUUCCUCUUCCUCUGCAGCAUCCUCCACUCAGAGUUCGAAGGCUUCAUCGACCAGCUCUUCUGCUUCAUCCACCAGCUCUUCUGCUUCGUCCACCAGCUCUCUUCCUAGCUCAGCCACCAACGCUGCCGGUUCUGUCUACAACCUCUUCUACUCUUCUGACUCCGGCCAAGGAUCGUUCACCAACACCCAAGCCAGCAGCUCUUACACCGACUGCAUGACCGCCUGCGAUGCCAACUCCAAGUGUACCGCCUUCACCUACGUUGGUGGCAAGAAUGGUCAAGGAUCCGGUAAGUCUUGUUCUGCCCUCUGUCGAGUCUUCAAUACUAACAUCACUUUUANNGGUACCUGUUGGCUCAAGACUCAAAUGGGCAACGCCGUCUCCUCCAACAGCAAUGUCCUUUCCGGCUCCCGUGUCAGCAUGGGUAACAAGGCUGCCGCUUCUGGCUCUUCGUCUUCUGCCAUUGCUUCUCAAUCUGGUUUCGUCACCGCUUCCGGUACCAGCGCAAAGGCAGCUGCUACUAGCACUUCCUCCAGCGCUACUGCCACUGCUACCACCACUGUCGCCGCUUGCCCUGAUUCGAACAACGCCAUCUACACUGACAAGACUUCCGGCGCUCAGUUCCUCAUCGAGUGUGGUAUCGACCAUGCUGGCGGUGAUUUGAAGAUGGUUUAUGUCGACUCAUUCGCUUCUUGCAUCCAGACCUGUGCUCAGACCACCGGCUGUGUUGAUGUUUCUCUUUCUGGCUCUGCUUGCUACAUGAAGAAGUCUGUCGGCUCUGUUGUCAAGUCCGGCGGCAUCAAGGGUGCCAAGCUUAUCCCUGCCAACAGCGCUACUGCCAACGUCAACGUUGCACAGAAGGCUGCUUCAGUCAAAUCUUCCUCCACCAGCCAGAAGACCACUUCUACCAUGAAGACUAGCACCAAGCCUACCACUAGCACCAAGGCCACCACCUCUACCCGCAAGGCCUAA